CAUUUUUUACUAAAUAUUACUCUCUUUUUGCUACAUGAUUUAAAACUUAAAAACAUAACAGAUAUAUACUGCAUGCGCUGCUACACAAAAUAUUCGUGACUGGCAUGAUAGUUUUUUGUUCAAAAUUUUGCUCUGUUAAAUAAAUUGCCCUUCAAAUUUAACUGUCUGAAACUGACAUUUGGUCAAAUUUGUCCAUGAUGGGGGGCAAAGGCAAAAAAGAUGGGAAGAAGAAUUCAGAUGGGAAGAAAAAAGCAGGAAAAGGUAAGAAGGGUGCUAAAGGGGGAAAGAAAGGCAAGAAAGGGAAGGGGAAGAAGGGGAUGAAGGGGGCACUUGCUGUCAACUGGCGGGUGAAGGCUAUGUACGGAUCAGACAGAGACUUCGACCAGAUGACGAACGAGUUGAAAGACCUGGUCAUGACCUACAGACAGAGUAGUCCCAUGACGGCCAUGAAACAGGGAGUGGCAGCUGCAAUCAAGAGGGAGUUCACGGAUCACUUCGAAAAGGUAGAUGUUGUACUGGUUGGCUCCUCGUCCUCCCAACUGGCCUUCGACUGGACAGAUGUGGACCUCACAAUCCUCACACACAACCAGACAUCCCUGGAAGCCAAAGAUCUCACUUUAGCCGCACAAGUACUCGCUAAUCAAGGUUGCAUAUCGCAGAUAAUGGCGGAAGAGACAGACAUCAGCGAGGAGCAUGUGACCAUAGGGUUCCACUACAGGACAUACCUGUGUGGCUUCCGGGUGCACCUGUCAAUCAAUGACGUGUCUUCAGUGUUCCAUUCACACCUUAUUCACUGCUACCACCAAAUUGAUAAUCGACUGCUGUUCAUUUUGCUGCCAAUCAAGCAAUGGGCAUACAACGAGGGCCUUCUGGAUCCCCAGGAGGGUAAACUGUCCGGGUACCUCAUCACUCUCAUGACUAUCUUCUACCUUCAGGCCGGACACAUCACACCAGUUCUCCCGAGUCUACAAAAAUCGGCGGCCAAAUUGUUCCAGAAAGACUUGAAAAACAUCAAGACGUGGAAAGAACUUCAGACCCAUAAGCGGCUAAAGGUGAAGAGUCAGAACGACAGUGGCAUUGGGAAGUUGCUGGUUGGGUUCUUCGUCUACUAUCAGCCGUUCGACUUCCAGGCGCUCGAGAUUGACGUGGUAACGGGGCAAGUGCGUCCCAGAGUGCUCCAGGACGCCAACUACAAACACAUCCGAAUCGCAAUCAGAGACCCGUUUGAAGACAGAAUAGCCAGUGCAUUUGUGACCCAACUCUCUUUUGUGGAUCACUUCAAAAACAAAUUAGCACAGAUGGAAGAUAAAUUGACAGAUCCAGAUCGCAAGGAAGAUUUGGAAGAAGUGCUGCAGUUUGCGGGCAACACCAGAAGAGAAGAGGUCAGGGGUCAAUUCCAACCUUCUGUGCCAAACACCAACGCCAUGUUCUCCCCAAGAGCCAAACGAACUGUACGAGCUAAGAAAAAAUGAUAAAAAAAAGAAUUGAACUGAUUUCACUAGUUUAG